GUGUGCAAAAUAUGGAUUUCUUAGAGAAAUUAGAAAAUCAACAAUGUCGUGCAUGUUAUAAUUCCACAAAAGGUUUAAGGCUCCUAACAAAUCUAACUAAAUGCGCUGGCAGUCAACAACAAAAAUCCUAUGCUGAACUUUUAAAAGAUGUCUCUAAUAUAAAUAUUAUGGAAGAUUUAUAUGGUGAUCAAAUGCCACAACAGAUAUGUGAAAGUUGUGCACGCAGAUUGAAAAUGGCUCAUGCCUUCAUACAACAAACACAGGAAGUUAAUGAACGUCUUACUUCCAUUGCUGCACAAGUGGAGGCUAAUAAACAGUUAAAUUGCUUGCAAGAAGUUCCGGUUGAUGUAUUACCCAUAGACAAUAUAAAAGCAGAAAAAGAUGAAGAUGAGAUGGACUUUUUGGGACAAUUUGAACCAGAAUGUUUUGUCGAGUUAAAAGUAGAAGAGCCGGAGCAUAAUAUGGCUAUUGACAAUACGAGUGAGGAUGUGUUGAGUUUAAAUAAGAAUGUAGAAGGUUCAACAGAAGUCGUAACUUUAUCUGAAUAUAAAAGUCCGAGCUCGAAUGAUUCCAUUAAUGAAAAUUUUAAAACAAAAGACAAUAAUGUAACCAAGACAGAUUCUAAUGAUACUAAAGACUUAUCCAAUGAUGAUGAAAUUGAUAAUAAUAACUCUGAUUCGGAUACGGAUUGGAAAGAUGAAGAAGAAGUAGAUUUUACACCAAUUACAAAAGAGAAAAAGAAAAACAUUCCAAAAUCCAAAAAAUCCUCUAACAAUGCUGACGAUGAUAUUGCAGUACCCUGUGCAGAAUGCAAUAAAAUAUUUAGUAAUUCCAAAGCAUUGGCCCGUCAUAAACGCAAUACCCACAUACCAGAAGAACAAAAGUGUACCUGCCCCCUGUGUGGUCGUAGAUUUUCACGAUCUUGCAACAUGUACAAGCACAUGCGUACGUUUCAUGGUCCUGAUUCAGUGCCUUUAAUACGUAAGCCCUCAACAAAGGAGCGACUGUUUCAGUGUGAUAAAUGUGAAAGAAAUUACACCAAAAAAAGUCACUUGAAUUUGCAUAUAAAAGAAAAACAUAGCAACGUCGAAGCCGGAACCGAAAAGGACGCUCAGCAAACAGAAGGAGCCGACGAAUCAAAACCGGCAGGCGAAGAAGCUCAAAAAAAAGAAAAGCCGAAAAAACGAUAUGAAGUACGUUCAUUGUGUUCCAUAUGCGGCAGUUCAUUUGCAAGUAGAACUCAUUUGGUUGUGCACAUGAGACGUCACACUGGGGAGCGACCCUUUAAAUGUGAUCUCUGUGAACGUGCCUAUCCACGUCUCUCAGAACUUGUUUGCCAUCGGCGUAUACAUACGGGUGAGAAACCAUUUAAAUGUAAAAUUUGCGAUAAAGCUUUUCGUGUGUGGAGUAAGAUGAGCAAUCACAUGCGUUCACACACCGACAUCCGACCCUAUAAAUGUACGCAAUGUGAACGUAGUUUUAAAUAUUCCAAAGAUUUAAACAUACAUUUUCGCAUACAUACGGGUGAACGACCUUAUAAGUGUAAUGUAUGCGGUAGCACAUUUACCCAAAGUAAUACCCUGAAAGCUCAUCGUUCAAAGCUGGGGCAUAUGGACGAAGUUAUCGUUGCGAAUGAUAACGUAGUUUAGGCAAAAUAAACAUAAACUUGCUACUGUAGAGAGUAGAUAUAAACUAAAUAAUGUCAUUACAUACUAUAUUAAGCAUUUAUAUACAUAUGUAUUUAUUUAAAUUUAAGUCUAAAUUAUAUUUAUUUUUAACUGAUUGUAAACUAAAAAUGUACUAUUAAUUUAUUAAAUAAACGUAAAUUAUCAAACUA